AAAAGCGCGACGGGACCUGAGCUGAAGGACGGGAUCUCAAGCCUCAAACCCCUGCACCAUCCCGCCGUCUCUGUGUCCUCCCCUGGGACCCAGAACCUCCACCCUCCUUCUAGACUCGCUGGCUCCAGGCCAAGGAGCUCGCGCGCCGCCUCCGCCCAGAACGCAAACAGCUGUUCCCAGAGAAGUCGCCGCUCUCAACUUUGCCAACUAGUCCGCAGGCACUUUGACCAGCAGAACAACCGGGACCUGUGGGUCAGGGUCCUCUGGCGGAGUUUAAAAAAAGAGGUGAAACUGCGGGGUCCGGGGCCGGAGUCACUAGGCUUCGCCUCAAACUUUGCUCUGGCGGAGCGGCCCCGCCCCGCCCCUCCUCUCCCCCGCGACGCCCGCGCGCUCGGACUGGGCUUGUUCCCUAGCUCCGGGAGCGCGUGGGCGGCGGCGGCCACGGCGGUGGCGAGCAGAGGCCAAGGAGGCAGAGGCGCUUACGCUUGUCAGGCCAAGAAGCUUGAGAGAAGAAAAAUUUCAGGAAAAUUGUCUCAAUUUGACUAGAAUAUCAACGAAUCAGGAAAAUUGAAGCACCUUCCCUGAAGAAAACUUGGGUAUACAGUAACUCCACAGACAGAGCUGAGGGUUUUUUACCCAAAUAGUCACUAGAUUUUGCUGCCUGAUACAUGAAUCUGUUUGGAAUUUUUCUCAUGUGGAUCUAAGGGGAAUGCUUUAUUAUGGCCGCUGUUGUCCAACAGAACGACCUAGUAUUUGAAUUUGCUAGUAACGUCAUGGAGGAUGAACGACAGCUUGGCGAUCCAGCUAUUUUUCCUGCCGUAAUUGUGGAACAUGUUCCUGGUGCUGAUAUUCUCAAUAGUUAUGCCGGUCUAGCCUGUGUGGAAGAGCCCAAUGACAUGAUUACUGAGAGUUCAUUGGAUGUUGCUGAAGAGGAAAUCAUAGACGAUGAUGAUGAUGACAUCACCCUUACAGUUGAAGCUUCUUGUCAUGACGGGGAUGAAACAAUUGAAACUAUUGAGGCUGCUGAGGCACUCCUCAAUAUGGAUUCUCCUGGCCCUAUGCUGGAUGAAAAACGAAUAAAUAAUAAUAUAUUCAGUUCACCUGAAGAUGACAUGGUUGUUGCUCCAGUCACCCAUGUAUCCGUCACAUUAGAUGGGAUCCCUGAAGUGAUGGAAACACAGCAGGUGCAAGAAAAAUACGCAGACUCACCGGGAGCCUCGUCACCAGAACAGCCUAAGAGGAAAAAAGGGAGAAAAACGAAACCACCACGACCAGAUUCCCCAGCCACUACGCCAAACAUAUCUGUAAAGAAGAAAAACAAAGAUGGAAAGGGAAACACAAUUUAUCUUUGGGAGUUUUUACUGGCACUGCUCCAGGACAAGGCUACUUGUCCUAAAUACAUCAAGUGGACCCAGCGAGAGAAAGGCAUUUUUAAACUGGUGGAUUCUAAAGCAGUGUCCAGGUUGUGGGGGAAGCACAAAAACAAACCUGACAUGAAUUAUGAGACCAUGGGAAGAGCACUCAGGUACUAUUACCAAAGGGGUAUUCUGGCAAAAGUGGAAGGUCAGCGCCUGGUGUAUCAGUUUAAAGAAAUGCCAAAAGAUCUUAUAUAUAUAAAUGAUGAGGAUCCAAGUUCCAGCAUAGAGUCUUCAGAUCCAUCACUAUCUUCAUCAGCCACUUCAAAUAGGAAUCAAGCCAGCCGGUCGAGAGUCUCUUCAAGUCCAGGGGUAAAAGGAGGAGCCACUACAGUUCUAAAACCAGGGAAUUCUAAAGCUGCAAAACCCAAAGAUCCUGUGGAAGUUGCACAGCCAUCGGAAGUUUUGAGGACAGUGCAGCCCACGCAGUCUCCAUAUCCUACCCAGCUCUUCCGGACUGUUCAUGUAGUACAGCCAGUACAGGCUGUCCCAGAGGGAGAAGCAGCUAGAACCAGUACCAUGCAGGAUGAAACGUUAAAUUCUUCUGUUCAGAGUAUUAGGACUAUACAGGCUCCAACCCAAGUUCCAGUGGUUGUGUCUCCUAGGAAUCAGCAGUUGCAUACAGUAACACUCCAAACAGUGCCACUCACAACAGUUAUAGCCAGCACAGAUCCAUCGGCAGGUACUGGAUCUCAGAAGUUUAUUUUGCAAGCCAUUCCAUCAUCACAGCCCAUGACAGUACUGAAAGAAAAUGUCAUGCUACAGUCACAAAAGGCAGGCUCUCCUCCUUCAAUUGUCUUGGGCCCUGCCCAGGUUCAGCAGGUCCUUACUAGCAAUGUUCAGACCAUUUGCAAUGGAACCGUCAGUGUGGCUUCCUCUCCAUCCUUCAAUGCUACUGCACCUGUGGUGACCUUUUCUCCUCGCAGUUCACAGCUGGUUGCUCACCCACCUGGCACUGUAAUCACUUCAGUUAUCAAAACUCAAGAAACAAAAACUCUUACACAGGAAGUAGAGAAAAAGGAAUCUGAAGAUCAUUUGAAAGAGAACACUGAGAAAACGGAGCAGCAGCCGCAGCCUUACGUGAUGGUAGUGUCCAGUUCCAAUGGAUUUACUUCUCAGGUAGCUAUGAAACAAAACGAACUGCUGGAACCCAACUCUUUUUAGUUAAUAUACCAAAGCUUGUGGAUGAUUGUUUGUUAAUUGAACAUUUUCAAUUAUAUGCAAACUGAUUGAUUCUAAGAUAAAGUCUAAGGAGGUUUCUAAUUUUGUAAUUGUUAAAGAUAGGGUUAAUUUUGAUUUUGUUAGAUGAGGGAGGAAAACUCAACUGUUUCUCUUUGUUAUCUAAAUGUUUCAGAAUUCAGUCGUGAAGGAACAGGCAUUUUACACUAUGAAGACAUUCUUUUGAGAUUUUUUUUUCAGUUGCUAUAUCAUAAGCAUUUUUAAAGUUUCUUUUCUAAUUUUACAUUGUAUUAGAUUUUCUGAUUCUUUUGUAAAUACAGAACUUAAAUAGAAGGCAACAGGAAAUUUAUAUAGGAACUAUUUUCAUUCCACUUGUAUAAGUUAAGUCUUGACUCUUUCAAAUGCAAAAAACCUAUUUUAUGCUUUGUUAAAAUUAUGGUGUCACUUAGAUUGACUUUAGUUGGCUGUACUAUAUAAUAUAGAACUAUGAAUAUGUAAAAUAACGUGAAAAAUUGGAGGUGCUGGUGGUGUGGCUGACCCUGUUUCAGAAGCAGGAUAGUGUAAAAGCAUCAGCCUAAGAAUGGCACUCCCACUAACUCGCUAUGUAAUCUUGACCUCUUUGGGCUUUAGUUCUUCUCAUAAAAGGAAGAGAUGUGUUGGACUAGACUAGAUGAUCACCACUGUCUCUUCUAGUUCUAAUCUUUUUAAUUCUAAUACCUGUAUUUUCAAGUUAUGUCAAUUAAAUCAUUAUCAGGUUAUUUCCUAAUAUAAGAAUAGCUGAAAUGUUGCAGAGAAAUAAGUGACCCAACAAAGUUUAUUCAUCUAUGAUGGGUAAGAUUUGCCAUAAAUUCUUCCUAAAUAAUUUGUUUACUAACUCUUUAGGCCACUGUGCUUUGCGGUCCAUUAGUAAACUUGUGUUGCUAAGUGCUAAACAGAAUACUGCUAUUUUGAGAGAGUCAAGACUCUUUCUUAAGGGCCAAGAAAGCAACUUGAGCCUUGGGCUAAUCUGGCUGAGUAGUCAGUUAUAAAAGCGUAAUUGCUUUAUAUUUUGGAUCAUUUUUUAUUGGGGGUGGACUUGGGGGGUUGCAUACAAAGAUAACAUAUAUAUCCAAGUUUCUGAAAUGAAAUGUUUUUAGAUUACUUUUCAACUGUAAAUAAUGUACAUUUAAUGUCACAAAAAAAUUGUCUUCUGCAAAUUUUCUAGUAUAACAGAAAUUUUUGUAGAUGAAAUCAUUAUGUUUAGAGGUCUAAUGUUAUGUUUUCAUAUUACAGAGUGAAUUUGUAUUUAAACAAAAAUUUAAAUUUUGGAAUCCUCUAAACAAUUUUGUAUCUUUAAUUGGUUUAUUAUUAAAUAAAUCAUAUAAAAAUUCUCA